CUGAAAGUAUUGAAGGACAUUUACGACGUGUUUCCCGUUUGUGUUUUGCAGAAUUGCCCGACGAAGGCGGAGGCCAGGAGGAGCGCCGCCAAGAUUGCCUUGAUGAACUCGGUUUUUAAUGACCACCAGUCCAGAACCAUCACGGACGAUUUCAUCGAAAGAGCAGUCGCCGAAGCCAGGGCCUCCUUCAAGAUUGCCUUGAUGAACUCGGUUUUUAAUGACCACCAGUCCAGAACCAUCACGGACGAUUUCAUCGAAAGAGCAGUCGCCGAAGCCAGGGCCUCCUUCAAGGGCGAGAUGGAAGAGGCAGAUAAUCCGAACACUGGGAUCGGGGCUUUCCGCUUUAUGUUGGAGCAGAACAAGGGCAGGACCAUGUUGGAGUUUCAGGAGCUGAUGACCGUCUUUCAGCUGCUGCACUGGAAUGGCAGUUUGCGAGCAAUGCGUGAACGCCAAUGCUCCAGGCAAGAAGUGCUGGCGCACUACUCCAACCGCGCCCUGAACGACGAGAUGCGCGGCCACAUGGCCGCCGACUGGGAGCUGCGGGAGCAAGAACACCCCGGGAUCAUUGCGCGGGAACUGCGCGAAGCCGAGCAUCACCUGGAGGAGGCCCGCCUGGCUGGCCGCGAACUCCGCUACCCCAAGGAAAAGCGGGACAUCCUGCUCCAGGCGCUCAACAGAGUGAGCCGCAACAACGCCACGCGUCUGGGACGCCACCAGUGA